UAAGUUGGUAAAGUCAAGCGCCAUGUUCUAUGUUUCGACACAGUGUUGGCUAAUUAUUUUAAAGUCAAAAUAUAGCGGCUCUCUUGAUUAUAACUAAGAGCAAAAACACGAGUAAAUGGCCCACAAGACGACAAAACAGAUCGAAUUCUUAAACACUAAACUAGAGUCAUUACAGAGAGAAAAACAUCUACUUCAAACUAAAAUCGAUGAUUCCGUUAAGAAGAUAACAGAUGAAGCAUUGAAUUGGACAAAAGGAAACAGUCACGCAGACUUUCAGUCCAUUUGCAGUAUAGUAGACGCCACCACUUAUAAACUCGUUGAGAUAUUUGACAGUUUCAACAUCAACUCAGACCCAAACACCAAAACUGAAGAAUGCACGGACAACAUAAAAGAACUACAGAGUAGGCUAGAUAUGUUAGAGAAAACACAACAUGGCAAUGAUAAAAAAAUCAGGAAAAUUUCAAAGCAAUUGGAAGGCAAAAAUAAAGAGCAGAUUGAUAUACUGCAAGUAAAGGAACAGCUAGAAGCUCUAACGUCAAAAGUUAAAGACAUCGAGUCGACCAACGACAGUUUGAAAACUUGCGAAGAUGUGAUAGACAGCAAAUAUAAUACAAAAUUUAACAAAGUUAUUGAAGAUGUGGCGACCAUUCGACGUGAUCUAGAAUCAAAUGUUGCUUGUCUUAACUCUGAAAGGGAGAGAAAUAAAAAAAUUGUAUGCAAACUUCUGUCGUCUGAGCUUGUAAAACUGGACAGGUUAGAGGGAGUGGUCAACAAAAACACGACAAAACAACAGGAAACAAAAGAGGAGCUUGAAGAAGCCAUUCUUCAGAUUUACAAGUUACAAUGGAAGUCACCUGGGGUGAAGAUUACGAUGAACUUUCUGCUAGUUGGAAGAAGAGGCGUUGGUAAAACAUCAACAGGCAACUCAAUUCUUGGAUCAUCGAAAUUCGGAACGACGAAAAUAAACCACCUGUCUCAAACCGAGGAGGUUUACAGUACUGAGGUCAAGGGCGAGGUGACGAGUGUCACUGAUACGGUGCCGUUUUUACAAGACUCCACAAAUCUCAUACCGAGGCAGAUCGAGGCAGCUCAUCUGGGAGAGCUGGAGAGGUUCCACGCUUUUGUUUUUGUCAUCAGAUACGGCCAGCUUGAGCGUGAUGAAGAUGUGGCGGCGUUUGAUGAUAUGAAGAAAGUCUACGGCGAUGAUUUUACUCGAGAUUAUUGUGUCGUAGGGAUGUGCUGUGGGGAUGUGUUCUACAGAGAAAAUCCUUCACAAUGUUUUAAGAGUUGGUGUGCUAAACAAACAGGGCCUUUGGGUUACAUCUUUAGACACUGUAGUGAGAGAGUGAUCUUGUUUGACAAUGUUACAGAUGAUGGGGCGAUGAAAGAACUUCAGAUCGCCCAGAUUAAAAACACGGUCUACAGGAUGCCUCAUAGGGGUGUUCGAUACAAACAUAAAAAGAUUGACAAAGGUUUUUAUGAGGUCAAUUCAUGGUUUGCUGCGUUAGUGAGAUAAAUGUCUUAGAACACCGGAAAUCUUCAGCUUUAUCUGUGAUGUAGCCAUUGUAUUUUCCUCUGCACGCUAGUGUAUGGAUGUGAUUUAUUAUAUUCUUUUUUUAUUCAAAAAAGCGGAGAAAAAACUUAACUUAUAGCACUGUUUUUGUUCACUGAUUUCAGUUGAAACACGAAUAAAUUAAACGCUUCAUAUGU